GGCUCGUUACUCUCUAGCUCGCUCUCGAGGUCUCUAGCCGAGUCUUUCUAUCCGUCUCUUCUAAUGUCUCUGUUAUCUCACAUAAGAGAGGCUGUAGCUAAUAAUCAGCCUGAUAAACUACGCUCCCUUCUAUUACAAUCUUCCCUGCCCAAUCCAGAAGAAGAAAGCAAGAAUAAAAAUGAAGGUGUUUGUGUUUCUUCUCCACUCGACUCCUCACUUCAAUUAGCAGUAAAUUUAAUAAUCAGGCGUCAGGAGACUGAAUCUACUGCUACUGAGGCGACUACAGUAGAUUCUGGUAACUUUGAGUGUGUCUCCCUGCUUUUAGAACACGGAGCGUCAUUGAGUAGUCUCUCUAAAGAUGGAUUGAAAGGUGGAAAUGUAUUUGGUCUAGAGGAGCUGUUCGAGCUGUCAUUGUAUCUCUCCUCUUCUCCUUCCCUCUCUCACCUUCCAUUACCUGUACUCUCAGGCCCUCUGAGACAAGCCAUUAAAGAAGGAGAUAUCAAACUAUUAGAAUCCAUCUUGAGUAAGAAUGACAAGAUAUCAAACUACAGGGACAGCAUGGGUCUGACGCCACUUCACUAUCUCUCAAUGUACACGACAGAGGAACGUCCCCUACUAUUAGACGUGGGUAAGCUACUAUUAGAACACGGUGCCAAACCAAAUCUAGCAUCUCGUACUGACCUCUCUACUCCACUUCAUUACGCCUGCCACCAUGGUAACACGGCCAUUGUCGACCUGUUGCUAAGGGAAUCGAUUGACCCAGAGUCCCUUCUAUUGUGUCAGGACUCACUUGGGAGGACAUGUACACAUGUAGCAAUAUACAAUGAUCACUGGGACCUUGUUUCAGCGUUGGUCCAAUCGUACAGGGAUCUAUUAGCAUCUGCUGAAUGCGUAGUCGAUCAUAAAGGAUACAAUAUCAGUGGGGCUUUGUUUUAUGCUCGUUCUUCCUCCUCUCUCCCUCUCUCUCAUCAUUUAUUGACUCCUUGUCUCUCUAAGGUGGAGGCUGAUUAUUGUCUUCAUGAUGCUGUUGCUGUUGGGAACGAUGAAAUGGUAGAGCAUGCAAUGGAGGGAGGUGCUGAUGUCAAUGUCUUUGACUUUUGUCAGCAGUCUCCACUUAUUCUAGCAUCAAAGCUAGGCCAUCAUUCCAUCUGUAAGCAAUUGCUUAGUAAAGGAGCCAAUCCUUCUCUCUCUGAUAAUUCUGGCUGGACUCCUUUGCAUUACGCAGCAGCUAAUGGCCACAAACAAGUCAUUGAAGCUUUACUUGAAUCAGGAGAUGAAAAAGGAGAGAGUCUUGAUCUUUAUCCUGUUACUAAUACUGGCUCUACUCCGUUGGAACUGAGUCUAUUACGUGGGCGAAUUGAAGUUGCACGUGUGAUCCUCUCAUCCACUAAGAGAGAAGUGUUUAAUGGUGACUGGAUGAAUCUCCUCUCAUUAGCAGCUUCACUCGAUGACCUGUCAAUCAUUAAGGAUAUUGUCCACUUGUUUUGUCCACAGCAAUGGGCCAAAUCAUUGGGCAAUUGGAUCAAUAUACCCAUCACCUCUCCUCAUAGAGAUGGAGAUAAGAAAGAGCCAGAGUGGUCUUGCUUGAAAGUAUUAACAGAAUUGCCUUCACCUCCAACUCUCUUUCUCAAAGAUAUCUUAUCGCCUAAAUCAGCUCAAGAAAAAUUCAAGAAGCAUCGUGAAUUCUUAGCCUCGUCUGGUCACUGCCAGUUUGUUGAUCAUCAUAUAUUUAAUUCAGAAGAGAAGAGAAAGAGCAGGAAGAAAAGAAAGCCAUUUAUGUCUUGUUCUUCCAUUACAAAGAGAAAGUCUUCUCCUAUUCACGCGAUGCUCUCUGCUGGUAAUAUCCCUGGUUUGAUGUACCUCAUUAAAGAAAUGAGAAAAGGAAACGGUUUCUCUCUUUUUCUUGAAACAAAAGACGUGACUGGUGUAUCUGGUGCUACCCUGCUCUCAAAGCCACUGACCGAGGGUCUUAUGUCUGCUGAUCACAAGCUGGAGAGUGAAAUACUGCAAGCAUUAGAAAAGGAAUACCCUCUACCUGGUGUAUCGAUUGGAUGGGGCUUACUUCAUUUACUGAUUAUUAAACUUUCAUCAAAGGUCGUAGAAGGAAAAACUCCUCUAGAAAAAUGGCCUGAGCUGCUCAUUACCAAAAAAGCCAGCAAUUUCGUUCCAUCAAUAAAACACAAUCAACUUAGCAAAUUAAAUGAAGCCAUGAGACUCGCCUCAGCAAUAUUGGAAAGUGAAGACAUUGCUGUAUUUUUCCCCAUAUUUUCCAAUCGUUUUUGUUCUCUUAUAUUCACUGCUGCCAUCAAUGGAGUUGAUACAAAGUUCCUAAAACUCCUCCUCGCCAAAGGCAACAAGUCCCUCCCCUCCUCGACUCCUCUUUAUUUCAAUUGGUUUAAUAGGAAUCCACAAAAGUUUGCCGUCACUGAAGCUAUAAUGAGAAGACAUUACAAACAAGCCGAGGUUAUACUGGAUGAGGUGUCACUUUCAGACAUGUUCUCAGCACUACCCCCACGUCUCAUUGAAGAAUCAAGUGAAGUGUCUUCAGUCCACAGCUUAGAAGAAGAUGAAGAUGACAUUGUCACUGAUGUAGAUGUGUCUGAUUCUUGUUUCUUUAUACGUACGUGUCAAGCUAUACACUAUCUCUCUGCUAGUGGUGGGUUGGGAUUUAAGCUUGCUCUAAGGCUACUCAAUGAAAUGCCAGAGAAUUAUUUGAAUAGUUUUAUCUUAUCUUACAAAUCAACUCGCUGUCUCUAUUUGUCCCUCCAUUCCACUGAAGGAAAGGAUUUGGGUGUGUUUCUUUUUGAGAAACUUCUAAACUAUCUAGUCAAACUCGUUCAAUCAAAUAAAAAAGAAUAUGAUAUGAAGAGGCUUUUGCCAGUGGUUGAACGUUACGCUACUCCUAAUUGUAAGUGGUCGUUUGACCGUUUUGACCUUUUCCAUUCUCUUGUGACCUUUUUACUUGCCGUAUCUACUAACGAUCCUCUUCUCCAUGAGAUCUGUGGACGCGGCUACACAGAGCUGGUCAAACUGGUCUUCUUGUUAACUGACAAGGGGAAAGAGGGAGAGGAGGAAAGGAGAAUGCUUGCUACGAAUAAAAUGGAUUCUAAUUACGCUCCUAUAUAUUUCGCAGCUAGUGGAGGUCAUGUUGAGAUUGUCCAGUUCCUGCUAGAGCAGGGGGCUACAUUAGAUCCAGCUCAUUACGACCUCUAUCAUCCUUUACUGGCUGUACUGGCAUACUUUAAUAAUGUCUCCAUUGGUUUUCAAAGGAAUGGCUACAGGACGUGUAGUUGUUUGAAACUAGACAAUAACGUUAGCCUCUUCUCUUCCGGCUAUUACUGGUCAAGUAAGACGUUUCUAUAUCCUGCUCACUGUGAGAAACUCGUCAGUCUGGUUUUGCCAGAUCUUGAUCAAUGCAACCAGUUAGUCCAGCCCCUCCAGUAUGUACUGGCACUCGUUAACUUGCAUCAUCUCGACUUGUCACAUUUUGCUAAAUUACUAGAGAUUUUCCCAGCAGCCAUUUUGUCACGGGUAACGCAUGACGAGAUGAGUGUGUCUUUAAAAAAUGAAAAUAUUCUCUUGUCAGAUUACGUUGUUAGUGCUCUCCGCCACCUUCAGUCCCACCCUUCUCCUAAGCUAUGUCAAAAGUUUGUCUUGGAUUUGGUCUCCUCUCUGUCUCCCUCUAACCCUCAAUUUGCUGCUAAAUAUUUUUAUUGGGAUGUGGUCUGUUCCUCUAUCCCCUCUCGUUCCCCUCGACUGGUGAAUGACGAGGUUACCGCUUGCAAAUGGGGAGAGAUACUAAGUAUUGCAGUGAGGCAUGGUGAGACACAAGUUGUUCAACACAUUAUGAUUGAAUUGAAUAACAAAAUAAAACAAGACGAUAAGGUUGACGUUAACACUCUUCAACAAGUGACUGUUGCUCUCUGUAAGUCUAAGAUGUUUCUUGAAUUCAAAGAGAAGCUCUUUAGCUUGUCUCUACCUGAUGAAGUAGUGCUGGCUGGUCUACUCACUGCUGCAAGGUUUGGUAACUUCCCUGCUCUUGACUCUCUUGCUGAUUUCAGAGAAAGAGUCUUUGCUGAAAACUUUAACACCAUACUUACAGCAGGAGCAAAGGCCGGACACAAUGAGAUUAUAAUUUAUCUCUCCAGCAAGCAAGACUACACUCAAUGUCUACCAGGUUUUGAAGGAAAGGACAAGAGUCUAUCGUUUUGGACGGCUGUCCUUGAGGCAGCAGUCAAAGGAGACAAAACUGUGAUUGCUUUUCUAGCAAUUGGCAGUCUCCUCCAGUCAGGGAGUAGUACUAAUAGCCUGAUGUCAUGGAGUGGAUUCCCUAGGAUUGUUGAUUCUUGCUGCUGGUGGGGUUUAGGUGCUGUACUAGAGGGUAUGAAUAUUGAGGAUUCCAAUGUAUAUCUGCUCCAAAUGGAGGAACACGGUAACGUUACUCCGUUUGAAUCUGCUGUUCAAAGAGGCCAUUAUGCUCUCCUUGCGUCUAUCCUGAGAGGGUUCCCAAGGCUAGAGAGUGUACAAGGCAUGAAAGAGAUAAGCAGGUUACUUAUAUUUGAUAAUCCUCACACAAGGGAUGGCAGUAAAUUCCAGACUCUAAUUCAUGGACUGGGUAGAGGAUGGUGGAGAGAAGUAAUGAGAGCUUCAGAAGUCAUCUCUCAAAAAUCAAAACAAGAUGAAGAUGAAACCGAUUUAGCACUAUACGUAAGGCCGGAUCUCUUUUGCUUCCGAGGCAAUGAAAACCAAAGCACGUUGUUUCUAGAUGCAGUUGAAUGCAACAUACAGGUAGUUGUUAAUAGCUAUAUUCAUUGCUGGGGGAAGAGUGCUGGUACAAUCAUGAAAGCAAUAGCGUCAUAUGGAGACUUAGUUAGAGCAGGAGUCCAUAGUCACUCACCGGACCUCCUUCAAUAUUUACUACAGAGAUUCUUUGACUCAAAUAACACUGUGGAGGUAGGGGAGUGUCUUGGUGCAGCAAUAUCUGAUGCUCUCUCUCAAUGUGAUGUACAAAUGCUCCAAGUUAUGCACAAGUAUAAAAUGCUUUUAGGAGUAAGCACUAUAAAAUACGAGUACAAUCUACUCCACCUCCUUGCCAUUUAUGCUAAAGACUCUGUUGAAGUAACCGAAUACAUUUUAUCGUUGGGUUUUGAGCCUGCUCUACUCAAAGAAAAGGAUUGUAAUGGUCAAACUCCAUGCGAAUGUGCACUAUCAAUUGGUAACUAUUAUACAGCAGGGAAAAUUGCUAGUGCCAUGAGAGAGAAUGGCCUACCACUGCCUCCUUCCAUUGCAGAGAUGGCAGUUCUUGCUAAUGGCUGGUUCUCUGGGUUCAUGAAGAUAAACGAAAAGGAGGAGAGGGACAAGGAUGAAACAGACUUCCUCCUACCAGCUAAAGGGGCUAGUUUAAGAGAAGCAAGGACCUUGAAGGAAUAUUACUCAAGUACUAGAAAGUAUAAUCAAAGGGCAGCUGGUGUGCUGCUUGAAGCGUCUCUUGGGGAGUUUUCUUCUGAAAACAACACCAAAGCAAAAAAUAGAAAAAAAUCAUUGACUGCAGCAACAUAAAGAAUAUUAUUAGUAAUUUUUAUUGCUAUUAUUGUAGAUAGAAUUUUUGUCUUUGUUGUCAAGUUAUGAUUUGUAGUAGAAAUUAUAAUAAAGUUA